AUGGCAGUGGAUGAACUCAGAAUAAAAAACAAGCAGAAGAGGCAAAAACUCUUUGCUGAGUUGAAGGAUCAGCACAAUAAGGAGCGUCAUUCUAUGAGGAGGACCAGAGCCAAGGAAGAACGUGAGAAUCCGGAAUUGAAGGAAAAAAGACUUGCUGAAAAUGUUCCUGACACAAUUGAUAACCUCAGAGUUUACGAUGAAACGAUGGGUCAAGAAGUCGAAGGUGAAAUGGAUGAUUUUAUGAAAUUUUUCAACGGUACCGAACCACCAAAGAUUCUAUUAACAACUAAUGUAAACGCCAAAAAGAAGGCAUAUGAGUUCGCUAAUAUCCUGAUCGAAGUUUUCCCUAAUGUGACUUUCGUGAAGAGGAAAUUUGGAUACAAGCUGAAGGAAAUCUCUGAAUUCUGUAAUAACAGGAACUAUACAGAUAUCGUGAUAAUAAAUGAAGAUAAGAAGAAAGUAACGGGGCUUACAUUUAUUCAUCUUCCAGAGGGGCCAACCUUUUAUUUCAAAAUAAGUUCUUUCGUCGAAGUCGAAAAGAUCGUGGGCCAUGGUAGACCAACUAGCCAUAUUCCAGAGUUAAUCUUGAACAAUUUCAACACCAGACUUGGUAAAACUGUGGGUAAACUAUUCCAAUCUAUUUUCCCUAAGAACCCUGAUUUCGAAGGUAGACAAGUGAUAACGCUGCAUAAUCAAAGAGAUUACAUCUUCUUCCGCAGACACCGUUACGUUUUCAGGAACGAAGAGAAAGUAGGUCUUCAAGAACUUGGGCCCCAAUUUACUAUGAAACUCAAAAGACUACAAAGAGGUAUCAAAGAGGAAACAGAAUGGGAACACAAACCUUCAAUGGACAAAGAAAAGAAGAAGUUCAAUCUAUGA